GGUGUUGGUACGUUUAAAUGCUGAUUAAAAAAAAGGAGCCUGUUAGACUCUUUUCCCCAGGAGCAGCACCAAUAACAAGCAAUAAGUAAAGAGAAUCUUUAAGCAGACAAAAACCAGAACAAGUGCAGCCAGUUACUCAUUAUACGGUUUCCCUUUUUUUUAAAAAAAAAAAAGGGAAAGGAAAAAAAAACUAUUAGAGCCUGUCCCCACCAAGCAAAUCCCCUAAGUACAACAGUAUUACCACCAAUUUUAUGUACAAAGGCGGCCCGUGAACCCUUUAAGGAAUCAUCCACAUUUUAAUGUUAGCAAUCCAACUGCGCGGCUAUGGAAGCACAACCGCCAUCUGCACCAGCUGCACCGGCUGCAACAGCUGCAACAGCUCCGGCGCCUCCCGCGUCUAGUCCGUCACCUGUACAGGUACAAGCUCCGUCGCCAGGUAACCAGCCAGCUGUUAACCCUGCAACACACUACCCAAACGGUCUUCCUCGCAGCAUUAAUGGACUUAACGGGGAUGCGGCUGACGGCUCGGGACCAACCCCUCCGGCAAGAGGGUCAUCCGGUUCGACAACACCCGUUCAACCGGCAGCGGCAGCGCCGUCCCCGACCGCAACUGCAACACCGGUAUUGGCAGCCCGGGCAGUGGCGGCGGUAGCGGCAAGUGCAUCGGCAAGUGCGCCGGCGCCACCUCCGGCUCCUACGCCUACACCUACACCUACACCUACACUCCCACCCAUUGCAGCGAAACCACUCAAACCAAUGGUAAUAUACACACCCUCGCAACCACAUCCUCAUUCUCAAUCGCGUCAACCUUUACAACGCCAUUCCACAGGAUCGGCGCAUAAGAUUUCCAUCGUAGAUCCGCCUCGAGCCUAUUCGCGACCGGGAAGCAACAACCCGCAGCUACCAAACAUCUCUCCUACUCAGGGCUUCCCGUCUCCCCGAAGAGAACACCAUCUCGAGAACCCAAAGUUUGCUGAUGACUUAUCUCGUCUUACCCAUGCUAUGCAGCAAUCUGUCCCUGCUGCUGUGAGAAGGGUCAUUCGCGACAACUGGGAGAAGUGCCUACUUGGUUCAGAAUUCCACCACGCGUUCCUUCUGAACGCUGUUAUUCACCACUCCAACGGAGUUAUAAUUCGACGGUCUAUUAAAGAUUUUGGUGCCAAAAUGGUGUCCGAAUCAAAGCACGAGAUUGUCUCGCACCUUUCAACUGCUGACCUGAAUGAACUGGCCAAUGACGUACUCGAAAAGGCCAGUGACUACUUCCUAGAUCAGGCGCUGGAGAAGCGAUUGAGAACUAUUGACGCACGCUCUCUCAUCAACGCCCUUGCUCGCGCUGAGCGUCUUGGUUAUGAGAAUAGUGAUGUACUCGAUGACCGGAAAGGAAACAGGUCUAGAUUUAACCCAGCACCCUUCGAUCCGUCACCCAGCCCCAUCCAAAUUACGCCCAUGUCAAAAUCGAACCAUAAGCCUAGCAUGCCGACCCAGCUGCAAGUAGCGGCGCGUACUGCUGCUCCUGCUCCCACCGUGUUGCAGUGUCCUCUAUGCUGGCGCAAGUUUGAUAAUCCACAGCCUUACGAAUAUCAUGUUCAGAAGCAAGUAUGCACUAAAGAACCUCCUAACAAGGAAGGAUUCCCCUUCUCAUGCAUGUACUGUGGUGCUGGCUUCAUCACGAAGGUUGGCCAGCAAUAUCAUCUUGCUAAUCAUGUGUGCGGUGAGCAUGGUACCAUGCCGGCAACACCUAAAAGACCGGCGAACGCUGGAUCGCCUAUCACGCUCUCGUCAGGCAACAACAGCCCAAUUCAGCCUGCAUCUGUCCUGACCUACCCUUCAGGCAGUCAGCAAAAGUUCCGUGCCACACCUCAGCGUACUGCAACACCUGUACAUCAUCGGCCGGUAUCGACUCCCGGAUCUCUGCCCAAGGAGCAGGACCCGUAUGCCCAUCUGCAUCCUAGGACACGGGAAAGACUAGAAGAAGAACUACGGCAAGCUGAAACUACGUAUACCGCUCGCUUCAAAGAAGCAGAGGCGAUAGAAGACCCAGCUCAACGACAGCUCAAGAUCGAUGGUCUGCAGAAUAGCUUCAGCACUAAACAGAGUAUCAUUAGGAAGAAGUACGGUGUUCGGCUUAGAAACCGGCGGACAAAGGCAGAGAUUGAAGACGAGCGUCAACGUAUGGGCUUCAAGCAUGGUAGUCCCGGCCAGGCAGAAGAUACACCAAGCGCAAAGCGUCAACGAACUGACGAUGGCCCUUCUUACACAAAUACCCAGGCUCCAGGACUAAGUAGCAAUGGUCCCGAACUUAAGAGUAAUCAUAUACCCGUAGCAGAUAUGUCAGCUGGGCUAGGCGGCUCGAGCGCAACAGCAACUACCACUGACCCUACACUACCGAGACCUUCUUCGGAGCUGCUACUGCAGCAGCAGUCGCCUACACAGAACAGCCUUUCAUCAUUGCAACGCAAAGGUUACCGAGUCUCGUCCCACCUCUCACAAUCAAACCAAGUUUCCCCGACAGAUACCACGAUGGAAGGAUCUACUACUCUACGAAGCGGCUCAGCGUCAGUCCCUGUAGUAGACGACUCUUCAGAUGCCGACUCAGACGGAGAUAUACCCGCGAGUCUACCACCUUGCAGAGCCAGCAAUACACCUUCAAGUUCGAAGGGUCUAGCAGGAUGAGGUUACGAACUCGGUUGAACUUUCUGGAAUCUCGGAUCGAAAAGACGAAGUAUCUUCUCGAUAAUCGAAGCUCGGAACGCGGGUGAAAAAGCCGUUGGUAUAUCAUCAUGACUUGGUUUAAGAAGGCUUUCUAUUCCAUAAGUAAGCCUAUAAGUUUGCGCGUUAUGGUCACAUUGUACGAGUACGAGGAGUUGUGUCUACGGUUGCAUUGCCCACCUACUUUGCUAGCUUUAUUGCAAGGCGCGACGUAGCUUUAUUUUGUUUGCGAGUUGUAUUUGACUGGACACCCCAAAAGUCAUCGAUCUGAUUUCGACGAGGAGAAGAGGGCACGAGGUGAGGAGGCAGGCGUGGAAAAAAAAAUACCUAGGCGGAUGGGCACACAUGAUUCUAACGUAUCUACCUACCUACCUAGGUACCUAGGUAGGU